CUUUUCCGGUCGGAUAACAAAAUGACUGGCUUCAGUGAAAAGCCAAUACUGAUAGAUGGCCGUGGCCAUCUUCUCGGCCGCUUGGCCGCUAUCAUCGCCAAAACAAUUCUGCAGGGCAACAAAGUCAUCGUUGUUCGGAGCGAGCAGCUCAAUAUAUCCGGAAACUUUUUCAGGAACAAAUUGAAGUUCAUGUCUUUCCUCCGCAAGAGGUGUAACGUGAACCCGGCGCGUGGGCCUUUCCACUUCCGUGCCCCGAGCAAAAUCCUCUGGAAGACCGUGCGUGGAAUGGUACCACACAAAACCCAGAGGGGCAAGGACGCUCUUAGGAGAUUAAAGGUUUACGAGGGUUGCCCGCCUCCCUAUGAUCGCAGGAAACGCCUUGUCGUUCCAGGAGCGAUGCGAGUCAUGUGCUUGAAGCCUGGCAGAAAGUACUGUCAUGUCGGUCGACUUUCCCACGAGGUUGGAUGGAAGUACAAGGCUGUUGUACGCACCCUGGAGAACAAGAGGCGUGUCAGGUCCAUCCUAGAAGUGCAGAAGAGGGAUAAGCUUAAGAAACUUACGAAACAAGCUGGAGAAGCUGUUGUUAAGAGCACGGCACCCUAUACUAAGAUCAUCAACAGCUUUGGAUACAACUAAUUGCUGCAUUAUAUAAUAAAGACACAAUAAAGUUUUGUCUAAAACAAAA